CGCGUCAGCGACCUCGCCACGCUCUCUCGCUUCCUCCUACGCGAGCGCGUGCCUUCGUGUCGGGCUUUUCUAUGGCGUCGCGGCUCGGCCGCCGAGGCUUUUCCUUUUUCAAGGUGUCGAUGAAAUUAGUACGCGAGGCGAGACCGAUCCGAGCGGGCUUUGAGCGCUGCGUACCCUCGCUCAUCUCAAUUUGUUCGCGUAACUCCGGGAGCCGAUAAGCGCAGUUCCUGACAAAGUUGAAGCCGCCCGAGUUUUCUUGUCACGAUUGUCACUUGGCUCUUGGCCGGCAACCUCACGCAUGAUUUAUGGAAGUAGAAGCAACGGUGGAAGGUUGGUGUGUUUGCGAAGCCUGGCUAGACAUUUAAAUUUAAUGGCGACUGCGUUUAGAUAGUUUGAAGCGGUAUGGCAGUUUUCGAAAAACUAUCCUCACGCUUUAUGUUAUCCAAUUAUCAUUAACAACGUUUACUCGCUAUAUAACAGAGAUGCAAAAUGUUGCUGCAGAUGAAGAGCAUUAGAGCUGGCAAGUUGGAAGGUAAACGUUCGAAGCAACUGAUGUCGUCGUCUAGCCUCUCGGGCAUGUCGCAAUUGUCAAAUAGCAGUGAGGAGGCUCUCGAGCCAUUUGUUCACAAAUCUCACACUAGCGAGCAAUCUGACAGUGGCAUGGCAAAGGAUCGAAACUCCCAGAAAAACGAAUGGCUGCUGAGCAGUCCAAAUAGUAAUAAAACACCGAUAUUACGGUUCAAAUGUUCAGCGCUUGCCGAGCCCCCGGAAGAUCCACCGGCCAAACAGCUGCACAUGACCUAUAAAAUCUUUCAGACGGAUACAAAAUUAAUCAACGUACUUUUACAGUCUCACGGUCUUACAGAGGCAAGUACAAUCAAUAUUAAACGCUAAAUUAAAACUACCCAUUA